ACUCCCUUUGGAGUGACCAUACUGAUAUUAUCUGUUCUGUGGUUAGAUUUUAGUUUUUUCACAGAUUAUAUGAAAUUAUUAGUUUCAUAUAAUCUGUGUUUUUUGCGACUGUUAUUCAAGCGAGUUGACAUUUCUCUAUUGCGGGAGAAACAAAUUGGUAUAAUAUGUCUAUUUAUAUCAAUCGGAAUAUUACCCAUAAUAGUCCAAAUACUGGUAGUCGUAAAAUUUCAGGGGAUGAAAAUGAUUCUCCUUUACAAGUUUUUGUACAAGCUAAAAAACAUAUAAAUAUUGUUUUCAGUAAUAUUCAGUCAUAUGUUAUUGAUGCUUCUGAGCGUAUAACUGAUGUUAGUACAAAAUGUCCAGAUCUAGUUACUGAAAAUGAACUUUCGUCAAUACUUGAUUACACUUACAAAUUGAAAGGAAUUCAUGAAGUUUUAGCUCGCAAUCAUAUGAAAGUUGCUUUCUUUGGAAGGACCAGCAAUGGAAAAAGUACAGUCAUAAAUGCUAUGUUGGGGGAUAAAGUUCUACCAAGUGGUAUUGGCCACACAACCAAUUGUUUUCUUCAAGUAGAAGGCUCUCAAACGGGUGAAGCCUAUUUAAUUACUGAAGGAAGUGAGGAAAAACAAAAUGUUGAAUCUAUAAGUCAUUUAGCUCAUGCAUUAAAUCAUGAAAAACAAUUGAAUGAAAAUGAAUUAGUACACAUAUACUGGCCUAAAGAUAAGUGUGGUUUAUUAAGAGAUGAUGUUGCAUUAGUAGAUUCUCCAGGUGUAGAUGUAACACCACAUUUAGAUGAUUGGAUUGAUGCUCAUUGUAUUGACGCUGAUGUUUUUGUUUUGGUUGCAAAUGCUGAAUCUACCCUAAUGGUUACUGAAAAAAAGUUUUUCCACAAUGUUUCUAAAAAAUUAUCAAAGCCUAAUAUUUUUAUUUUACAUAAUCGUUGGGAUGCAUCAGCAAAUGAACCAGAAUUUUUAAAUGAGUUUAAUAAUCAAGAACAAGUACGUAAACAACAUACAGAGCGUGCUACUGACUUUUUAGUAAAAGAAUUAAAAGUUUGUACAGCUGCUGAAGCACCUUCUAGAAUAUUUUUUAUUUCCGCUAAAGAAGUUUUACAAGCUCGUUUACAACAACGCAAAGGAUUAUCUGCUAGCAAUGGAGACUUAGCUAAUGAUUUUAAAUCAAGAUAUAUGGAAUUUGAAAAAUUUGAGAGACUCUUUGAAGAAUGUAUUUCAAAAUCAGCUAUCAAAACAAAAUUUAUGAAUCAUUCACAACAAGGAAAAGAUGUUGUCAAAGAAAUGUUCAAAAUUAUGGAUGCAAUUCACAAUAGAAGUAAAGAACAAAUUAAAUCUAAAAUAUACCAAAAAGAAGAGUUCCAAGAGAAACUUACGCUUAUAACUCAGCAACUUACUAGUAUAACCAAUCAAAUGAAAAUGAAAAUUAAUAGUAUGGUAUAUGAUGUAGAAAAAAAAGUUUCCACUGCUUUGAGUGAUGAAAUUCGUCGAUUGUCUAUUUUAGUUGAUGAGUUUAAUUUACCUUUUCAUUCAGAUCCAUUAGUUUUAAACGUUUAUAAAAAAGAAUUGAAUAAUUAUAUUGAAAAAGGUCUUGGUAGUAAUUUAAGAGCCAAAUUGUCUACGGCUUUGGCAAUGAACAUGGAACAAAGCCAAAGGGACAUGGUUGAAAAAGUUUCUAAAUUAUUACCAGAAAAUAUAUCUGUAGUAAAUCCUCAAUUAGAACCAUUUGAAGUAUUUUAUCAUCUUAACUGUGAUAAUUUAUGUGGCGAUUUUCAUGAACACCUGGAAUUUAAAUUUUCUUGGGGUUUAUCUUCAUUAGUAAGAAGAGUAUCAUCUUUAGCAACAAAAAAUUCACUAAAGUCAAGAACACUGUCAUCUCCCACUAAUAACCAGUCUACUAAUCAUUUAGACCAGUCAUUAAAUGACUACAAUAGUCAUCAGUCUGUAGUUGAAGAAAAUUUGCCAAUGAUAUCUCGUUUAUUAGCUGCAUCAUUAGGUACUCAAGGUACUAUGGGUGGUCUUAUAUUAGCUGCAUUUAUGUUGAAAACUGUUGGUUGGCGUUUAAUUGUAACAACAGGAACUAUUUAUGGAUGUCUUUAUCUAUAUGAAAAAUUAUCUUGGACAACUAAAGCAAAAGAAAGAGAGUUUAAAAGACAGUAUGUCGAACAUGCUACCAGUAAACUUCGUUUGAUUAUUGAUGUAACAUCAGCAAACUGUAGUCAUCAAGUUCAACAACAAUUAUCAACUACUUUUGCAAGAUUAAGUAAACAUGUGGAUGAAUCUGCUAGUGAUCUGAAUGAACAAUUGGAACUUCUAGAUCAAGAAUUACAAUCUUUAGUUCAGUCAACUGAAAUAUCGAAAAUUUUGAAGGAAAAAGCAGAGUUUUUGAAAGAAAAUUUGAAAAACUUUGAUAAGGAUUUUUUUGUUAACUAGUCAGAAUUUUUUUUUUUUAAUUUAAACUUAAUGAACAGUGUUAAUAAUUGUUUUAUAAUAAAUAUUUUUUAUAAAAUAUUAUUUAUUAUAGUGUCUGAAAAUCUAUGACUAUUUUAGCUAAUAAUUAGUAGAAGUACUUUUUUAUCAUUAAAUAGUUAUAAUUGUUUGACGUUUCUUAUCUCUUCUUUUUGUUGUUAUUAAUGUCCAUAAAUUAUGAAUUGUAAUUCAAUUUUUGAAUGCCUUAUUUUAUACUUAAAGGCUUAUAAUCUAAAAUAAAAUUUAACUAAAUUCAA